CCCCAUAGUCAUUUGUUUUCAAAUUGGAGACUUGUGCAAAGAUACAAAUCCUUUGCUUUAGUGAAUGAGGCAGCUGCAGACGAAAAUAAUCAAUAAUUGCUAUGUAAUGCAUGCCAUGCCAUGCCAUCCAGGUUUAUAUUAAGCUGUGCUGGCUACCACAUAGAGGAUGAACCUGGACCAGUUUCUUCCUGGGAGUCCUAGUCUACCCAGUCCUACCAUGGCCUUCAGUAGUCUCUUCCGGAAAGCAUCCAGUCUGCUGGGUUUGACCUCCCCGGACAGCCUCCACCCCCCUCCCCUGGACGGCGAGAUUAUAUAUUGUAAGAACAACGUGUGUGUCCAUCCUCCAGCCUCCAUUGGGGCAGAUAAGAAACCGAUUCCAGGCUACCUGUCCAUACGCUGUCAGGGGGACGAGCACCUUGGCUCCACACUCAUAUUGACCUGGAUACCAAAUUCUACCCUGAAAAAAAAUCCAAGGAGUAUACAGAAUAGUCCAUCACGACCUGGUGCUAGUCCUCGUAUUAGUCCCCGGCGUGCCAAAAAACAAGAAUUCACAGCAUCAGCUUUGUCCUCACCCAGUAGUGAAGAAGCCAGUGGGAGUCAGGAAAGGAAAUCCUCAAGUUAUGGUGACAGAAACCAUGGUGAAAAGGGUUGCCAUGACCACAAGGCAAAUGAUAAUAUCAGUCUUUGCUCAGACAUAUCUACAGGAGAGCAAAGCAGAGAUGCUCAAAAGCCCAAGCUCAGCACUAGUCUCAAAUCUCAAGCUGAUUCUGGUAUUGGAUCUGAUGAUAUUAUCAGCCAUGUUCAAGGUUCUAAACAAACACAGUCAUCUGCUUCCAAAUUUUCCGAAGGUGCAGAGGAAGAUGUGAGUUUCUCUUCAGAGAGUGCUAGUGACAGUCUAUCUGCUGGUGCAAAACUAAAAGCGCUGAUCAAUAAAGAUGUCCCCUCAAAGCCAAAACCUUCCCAAGCAAGUUCCUCAGAUUCCCAUGAGAAUGUCAAAGAACGCACUAGCUCUACGGUAUCCAUAGAAAUGGACGGUGAUAAACUGGUUGUUGUUACAGAAGAAGUUGAAGACAAUGUGAUAAUUGAAAGCAGUUCAACAAGCCAUGAUUUAGAAAAAGCAGAGACUGGCCAGAAUACAGAUGUUGAUACCCAGAGUUUGAGUUCAGACUCCACUAAUCCUAGUCCCAGUGGGGAGCAUUAUCAAUCAAUGAUAAAUGAAAUAGCAUCCAAGAACCUUGAACCCCCUAAUGAAUCUGCACUGGAAACUGUUGAAGAAUCCACAGCUGAAGAAAAUGGCCAGAAGGAAGAGGAAAUGGACAGAAAAGCAAAAAUGAAAUCAGACAUGGUGCUAGAUUUACAGACAGUGGAGUCAGAGUAUCAGCCCCCUGAUAUCAAUAUUACUACCAUUCCUCGAUCCUCUUCCUCCUCCUCUUCCACCACUACCUCCGGCCCUGAUUCUAGACCUCCCACACCCUACGACUCAGACAUAGAUUCCUCACAUAGCACACCUUCAGCAGACAUGAAGUACCCACCUGUCAUGGAGGGCAACCCUGAAUCUUUUGCAGUCUCGUAUAAUUUAACGUUUCCUGAGAAUUCUGUCACCUAUACCAAGGCAGACAGCACCAAGAGUCCAGUGGCAGCUAAGAGUAUCAGAGACCAGAUGUGUGGGGUAUUCUCUGUAGAUUUAGGUCAGAUGCGGUCUUUACGUCUGUUUUACAAUGAGGACACGUGCACCAGUGGUCAGUUUGUGAUAGCCAGUAGAGAGAGCCAGUACAAGAUCCUCCACUUCCAUCAUGGAGGUCUGGACAAACUGGCUGAAGUUCUGGAAGACUGGAAUCUUUUCAGAGAGAAGAAAGACAAGGGUAAGAAGGAUGUCUAUGGUCAGAUCAAGCAGUUCUCUGUGAUGAGACCAGAGCUGGACACUGAGGAGUGUCACCCAGAGGAGGGCGUAUACGGAGUGCUGAAUGAAGACACCUGGAAACAACACAUGGCAGAGGCCGGUCAGAUUGUGGAUGACUACCAGCUUAGGAAGGUAAUAUUCUUUGGAGGCCUUGACCCAGCACUGCGCCAUGAAGCCUGGCCAUUCCUGCUCCAGUUUUAUCCUUUUGAUUCCACUUUCGAUGAGCGGGAACACAUCAGAAAUGACAAGUACAUAGAAUACCAGGGAAUCAGGAAGAAAAGAGAGUCAAUGACCCCUGCUGAGCAGGAGCAGUUCUGGCGAGGUGUUCAGUGUACUGUAGAGAAAGAUGUGGUGAGAACUGAUCGCAGCAAUCCAUACUUCAUGGGAGAAGAUAAUCCCAACAUUGAUGUCUUGAAAUCUAUCCUCCUGAACUAUGCUGUCCAGCACCCUAAGAUGGGCUACACCCAGGGCAUGUCUGACUUGCUAGCCCCAGUGUUGGCUGAGGUCCAACAUGAGGCAGACGCCUACUGGUGCUUUGAGGGACUGAUGCAGAAGACAAUAUUUGUCAGCUCGCCAAAAGAUGUCGACAUGGAUAAACAACUGGAGUACCUCCGUGAACUGCUAAGAUUAAUGCAGCCCAAGUUUUACCACCACCUGAGGACAGUCCAGGAUGGCAUGGAACUACUGUUUUGCCACAGGUGGAUAUUGCUGUGUUUUAAGAGAGAGUUUCCAGAGGCAGAUGCUCUGAGGAUCUGGGAGGCUUGCUGGGCCCACUACCAGACAGAUUAUUUCCACCUGUUUAUCUGUGUGGCUAUUAUAGCAGUCUAUGGAGCAGAUGUGGUAGAGCAGAAGCUGCCAGCAGACGAGAUGUUACUUCACUUCAGCAGCCUGGCCAUGCACAUGAGAGGAAAUGUCAUACUUCGCAAGGCACGUGGUUUGUUGCAUCAGUUCCGUGCACUCCCGAAGAUCCCGUGCACUCUCCAUGGUCUGUGUAGUCUGUGCGGUCCUGGGAUGUGGGACAGCGGACAUGUCCCAACAGUGGAGUGCACUGGUAACCAUGGAGACAACAUUUGUCCUCACAACACUUAAAAAAUGGAGCAAGAUUGUCAGGAGAAUUAAUAAAACUCUCUGGUUGAAGAAGUGCAUGUACUGAAUGAUUAGGUAAAACGUUUUGGUAAAAGGUGUAUCAGAACCUACUUAAUUUUUUUUUUUUUUUUUGUUAGCUGUGUAAAGUGUGAGGUGACACAAUUUUUACCAGUUUGUCUUUGCUAGCUCAUGUUUUAGUGGACUUUAUUUAAUUUAAAAUUUCUUUGUGAUACUUGACUCUCCAGACUCCAUUGGUUUUGUAUGCACUGCAUAAAAUAAUAAAGAUAGGACGUAUUGUGGGUGCAUAGGGCAAGGAAUAUAGCGAAGGUGCGUUUUAUGGCAAAUUUUGUUUAAAAAAUGGAAAGUGGAAGAUGAAAGUCCAGAUGCUUGUUAAGAGUAAGGUUUGAUAUCAAUAAUGGAGGGAUGUUACUCUCAUCCUUUGCCUACUUUGAAGAGUUGUUGUUGGCUAUUUUAUGGUAAUCUUACUCUUCCAAGAGAUCAAGAUUAAGAAACAAAUCUAUUUUACACAUAAAAGUAUGUGAAUGUUUUAAAUGUUUGUAUUUGUUUACAUUUAUUCUUUUUACUAAAAGAAAUAAUCAUUAGAUUUUGCAAAAGUCCCUUGCUGGUUAUUCAGCUUAAAAUGUUUGUAUAAUGUUUGUGGCUCUUUUUUUCCCUUAAUGACUGACCAUGCAAAAUAUUUCUCUUAUUUAAGUUAACAAAUAUACCAUUGAUCUUUUGUCAUUCAGUGUUUGAUAAAACUUUUUUCUUUACGAUUUAUAAAGUUUAGAUUAAUUAUUUAUUUUUCUUAUUGGCAUUUAUUUAUUUAUUUGUUGUGUGAUUAAAGAGUUGUUCCAGCUACACAAAAAAAGAAAAAGUUUUUAACUGUUAUAUAAAAUCCCCUCUUCCUAAGUCAUUGUUAGCUUAUCUUUCCAUCUUUGGACUCAGUUGGUCAAGGAGAAUAAACAUAUCACAUUAAAUUCAAGACACAUAUAUAUAUAUUGAAGAAGCUCUUUUUGCAGUACAUGUCAUAUUAAUAUCUUACAAAAAAAACUUCAAAAAUUCCAGGGAGUUAAUUUUGUAUUCUUCGUCUAUUUUUUGCUUAAGGUGUUGGCUAUCUUGGUAAGUUUUCAGUCGAAAAGUCACAAUGGAUCAUUUAAUCUGAAUUUGGUUAUUUUAUCUUUAUUAUGGCAAAAUGUUGAAUGAGCAACAUGUGAUGAAGUUACUUAGUAAAUCUGUAUUGGAUUUUAAGAAGAAUGAAGAUAAAUUGAUUUAUAUUGUAAAUAAGCAUUAAGAUUAUUAUGAUGCUAUUUCUGUAUAGAAAGCUUGUUAAUCAAAAAGAAUCUCAGUAUAGGUUUACUGAUAUAUAUUUCAAUUUCAUGAUUUAUAUUUGAGAUCUACAGAGUUUGCAAAGCUAUGAUGAAGUGCAAUAGAUUUAAAUCCAGUUAAAUUUUGUCUUAAAAAUGUGGGCAGGUUGAUUGGUGUUGUGAUUUAGAAAUAAAUAUUCAGGCAA